AGCGUGUGUGUGCUUGCCAAGAAAAAGGCGGGAGUGGCUUGAAACCCUGCGGCUUGCUCCAUUCGAACUGGAAGAACGAUUUGCAGCAGUUCUUUUUCUGCAAAUUUAAAUGGGUAUAAAGGGUUUAACGAAGCUAUUGGCUGACAAUGCGCCCAAAGCAAUGAAAGAGCAGAAAUUUGAGAGCUAUUUUGGCCGAAAGAUCGCAAUUGAUGCCAGUAUGAGCAUAUAUCAAUUCCUUAUUGUUGUUGGAAGAACCGGCACCGAAAUGCUUACAAAUGAAGCUGGUGAAGUGACUAGUCAUUUGCAAGGGAUGUUCACAAGGACUAUCAGGCUUUUGGAAGCAGGAAUCAAACCGGUAUAUGUUUUUGAUGGGAAGCCUCCUGAUCUGAAGAAACAAGAACUUGCAAAACGGUACUCGAAAAGAGCUGAUGCUACUGAGGACUUAAGUGAAGCUCUAGAGACUGGAAACAAGGAGGAUAUUGAAAAGUUUAGCAAGAGAACAGUAAAGGUUACAAAGCAACACAAUGAAGAGUGCAAGAAGCUUCUUAGACUUAUGGGAGUGCCAGUGAUUGAGGCACCUUGUGAAGCAGAGGCACAGUGUGCUGCACUUUGCAAAGCAGGAAAGGUUUAUGCUGUUGCAUCUGAGGACAUGGAUUCCCUAACAUUUGGAGCACCAAGGUUUCUGCGUCAUUUAAUGGAUCCUAGUUCAAAAAAGAUCCCAGUGAUGGAAUUUGAAGUCUCAAAGGUUCUGGAGGAAUUGGACCUUACAAUGGACCAAUUUAUAGAUCUUUGCAUUCUCUCUGGUUGUGAUUACUGUGACAGUAUUCGAGGCAUUGGAGGACUGACUGCUUUGAAGUUGAUUCGCCAACAUGGCUCUAUUGAGAACAUCAUAGAAAAUAUCAAUAAAGAAAGAUACCAAAUUCCUGAGGAUUGGCCAUAUCAAGAGGCUCGGAGGCUCUUUAAGGAACCGUCAGUUCUCAGUGACGAUGAUCAACUGGAGCUUAAAUGGUCUCCCCCAGAUGACGAAGGGUUGUUAAACUUCUUGGCAGCCGAGAAUGGGUUUAACAGUGACAGAAUAACAAAGGCAAUUGAAAAGAUCAAGGCAGCCAAGAACAAAUCCUCCCAGGGCCGGUUAGAAUCAUUUUUCAAACCCGUUGCAAAUACAGCAGCACCUCUUAAAAGAAAGGAGGCUAGCGAGAAGGCUGAGAAGGGACCGGCCAACAAGAAGAAAAAGGGCGGUGGAGGCCGGAAGAAGUAGUCACUUCUGGCUUCAGUCAGUCCUUACUAUUGCAGGUGAAGCUGAAGUUGAAGUUGAAAUUAAAGUUUGGUGUUUUUUUUUGUAGAAGUUGGUUCAGUUAGUGUGAUCUGUAAGUUUUACAUUUUUGUGAUCCUAUGCAACUCAUGCAAAUCCCUGGAUUUUUUCUAUUUUUACACUCUUUAUUUAUUUAUUAAAACAGAUUGUGCACAAUUUAUUUA